AUGCCUCGUACUCGCCCCCGACGACUCGACCACCUGCAAGGCAUCAAUGUCGACCAGAUGGCCCAGAUCGCCGACGCAGCCAACAACGACUGCCUCCGCCUGGAAAACCUAGACGUCAACAUCCCCCCGGAUCCAGAGGCUCUAGCUUACACCAAGCACGCCGUCACCGACGGCCCCUGUAACAGCUACCUCCCAUUCACCGGCAAAGCCCGUCUAAAAGACGCCGCAGCCAGGCACGUCUCGCAGCUCUCCGGCAGGACAUACUCCGGCCAGCGCAACUGCGUCAUUUCCGUGGGAGGGCUAUCCGGCAUCCUGAACGUCCUGCUAGCAACCAUCGAAGAAGGCGACGAGGUGAUAUUGACGGAUCCGACCUACCGGGGCCUCAUUAAUCGGGUCUUACUCGCAGGCGGCGUCCCCAAGUUUGUGCCCUUCACCUUUGAGCCAGGGAAGGAGUGGAGACUUGAUCAGGCCGCGCUGCGGGCGGCGAUUACUGACAAAACUACUGCGAUGCUGCUCAUGUCGCCGUCGAUGCCGAGCGGGGGCUACUUUGCCAUGGAGGACUGGACGCUCAUCGCGGAGAUCUGCGUACAGAAAGACCUGCUUCUCAUCCUGGACGCCGCAAUGGAGCGGCUGGUCUUCGACGCGCGGCCGGUGAUACACCCAGCCAGUUUGCCUGGGAUGUUCGAGCGGACGAUCAUCGUAGGCUCGUCUGCAAAAGAGCUGCGCAUGAUCGGAUGGCGUGUUGGCUGGAUCGUGGGACCAGAGGACCUAAUCAACGACAUUGCGGCUGUGUCUAUGGCCAACGUCGUUGUGCCCGUGGGAAUCGCUUAG